GCUAUUAGCAAAAAGUACCAAUUGUGCAUCUGCAUAAAGAGCAAAAUAGGCCCAAAUUGAUUCGCGCGUGAUUUCUACCGAAUAGAAACGGCCGUCUUCCUCACUAUAAAACCCUAUUUUAAAGCUCAACCCGGCGGCUGGAACCGUUCCACACCCUGCGGCACCAGAAGAAGCACUUAACGAUCGACGCACAGGAUUUGGUCGUAGUUUCUUGUUGAAGCAUCAAAAUUAGAUGGAGAACAUAUAUGGCUCAGUUACAAACAUCUCAGUGAUGGAACCAAAUGAAAUAGGACGUGCUGGGAUGUCCAUAACGAUUGAUCAGAUGGAGAACAUAUAUGGCUCAGUGAUGGAACCAAAUGAAACAGGACGUGCUGGUAAUAUGGAACAUUUCAAAUGCCGUGUUGAUGAGAUGUCCGUAACGGUUGAUCAGCUUGAGCAGAGAUUUACUGAAGUUGAACAGUUCUACUCAAGUGUGAAUAAAAAGCAGUCAAACACUCCAAGAGGUAACUCAGCUCAGAAGGAUUCAGAAAAAGAGAAGCAGAUUGCUAACUUUAAAAAACGGCAACAAGAUGCGUCACAGCGAGAAGCAGCUGCUGCUAAGAGAAUGCAAGAACUUAUGCGCCAAUUUGGCACAAUAUUACGCCAAAUCACUCAGCACAAAUGGGCAGGGCCUUUUAUGCAGCCUGUUGAUGUUGAAGGUCUUGGCUUGCAUGACUACUAUCAGGUUAUUGAGAAGCCAAUGGACUUUAGCACAAUUAAGAAUAAAAUGGAGGCCAAGGAUGGUACCGGAUACAAACAUGUCCGAGAGAUAUGUGCGGAUGUUCGCCUGAUAUUUAAAAACGCAAUGAAAUACAAUAAGGAAAGGGAUGAUGUACAUGUGAUGGCAAAAACCUUACUGGGAAAGUUUGAGGAGAAAUGGUUGCUACUUUUGCCAAAAGUUGAUGAAGAGGAAGAGAAGAGAAAGAAAGAGGAAGAAGAGGCUUUUUCUGACAUGAAACUUGCUCAAGAGGCUGCUCAUGCCAAGAUGGCAAAGGAUUUAAGUAUGGAGCUUGAUGAGAUUGACAUGCAUCUGGAAGAACUUAGAGAUGCAGUGCUUCAGAACUGCAGAAAGAUAACUGUUGACGAGAAGAAAAAACUUGGCGAUGCUCUCACGAAGCUUUCUUCCGAAGAUCUCAACAAGGCAUUACUAAUUGUUGCACAGAACGACCCCAACUUCUCGAUAGCUGAUGAGGAAGUAGAACUCGACAUUAGCACACAGCCCGAUUCUACGCUAUGGAAACUGAAGUUCUUCGUCCAAGAUGUGUUCGAGGCUCAAGGAAAGAGUGCAGCCACGGAAGCGAACAACAAUAAUAGCAAAGGCAACGCCAACAACCAAGCGAGUAACAAGCGCAAAAGAGAGGCCACAGAUGCUCUCGCAAAGACAUCACAAAAAAAGAGCAAAAAGCCGUGAUUCUAAGCUUGAUGUACAACUCAGCACAUUUACCCUUGCCAAGACAUCACAGAAAGAAAAAGGGCGAAACGCUUUAAUCCAAGUCGAUACGCAAUAACGCCGAUUGGAGUGAUGGUGCAGCAUCUUACAGUUCCAUUGAGUUCAAGGUGUAGUGAAUAGUGAUCCAUGUAAAUAUGGUCACAAGGGUUGAGAUUUGCUGUUUAGUUUAGCCUUGUAUUGUUGCUGUCUAUACAUUUUAUGUUGGACAGUGCUACAUCUCCCAUAAAGAACUCAUCACCUUAGCAAGUAUAUGCACUAAAUUGUGUCUAAAUGAUUUUUUUUUUUUUUUUUUUUCAUUUGAAUUGUGAGCUAUGUGCACACUAGUUUUCUCCUUUAUUGAAGAUAUAUCCUUGUAAUACAAAAAUUGAGUUGAUCCAAAA